UGGACGGCAUCAUCGACCAGCUUAAGGGGAUGGUGCAAGAAUUUGUUCAUAACAAAACAAAGGCCGGAAUGUUGAUUGAGAAGAUCGAGAGUACUCGUGAGUGUCUUAAUAUGACCGAAGGAAUCAGAGAGGAGGUAAUGAAAGAGCUCACCAGAAGUAUCGUCCCGACCAUGACUGAAUGUACCAGUAGGAUCAAGGGCACAAUGGAAGCUCCAGCAAAAAUAUCUGUAAUGGAAGAGUGCUUCGCUGAAAAAGUGCAGGAAUUCAUGAAAUCCAGCGGAAUGACACAAGAUGAAAGGAGGAUCCUUGACAAUAUCGGG